CUUUUACAGUAAUAACAAUGAAUUAUUGUAAUAGAACUGGUCGUAGUGGUAUUGGCAGUAGUAGUAAUAAUAGUAGUAGUCUGAUAAUCGAUUCUGAUUGCUCAGAUGACUUGAUAAUAAAUGAAGAAGAUGAAGAAUUAAGAGCAAGAAACAGUGAAGAUGAGGAUUAUUAUAAGCCAAUAGCACCUCCACCUUCACCACAACAAGAACCUAUUACACUACAAGAUGAUAUCCAUGAGAAAAGAGAUACUAAACUACAUGCUCAGACACUAGACCAGCUAUUACGUAAAACAUUAGACCGUCAGCAAAGCAGAAUAUGUAAAAGACAAAAGAGAAGAUCUUCAAUAUUUAAUAAUAACCAGCACAAGCUGAAGGAACUGCUAUCUUCUAUUGUGGAUGAAGACAUGAUUCAUGAAUUAAGAGAUAUGGUCUUGUAAUGACAACUUUUUAUUUUAUUAUUAUUAUUGUACAUAGAUUGACACACAAACACACAUAUAUACACACAUACAUACAUAUAUAUUUCACAAGUACACACACACAUAACCUACAUAUACAUUUAUAUAAUAUAUUUAUAUUCACACACCAAUGAUGCCCUUUUUCCCCUCUCUUUUCU